AUUAGUCGUGAAUCUAAUUUCUUGAACAAUUGUUCCAAAACUGGAAAGAUGCGACGUCCAAAAGCAUCAACUGUGCGUUUAAUCCUAAUUGUAGGAUUUUUACUCUUUUUAACGCACAAAGUGAGCUGUGAGUUAGAUAAUUAUGAUGAAAUAAAUGAAAAUAAUAUUUAUGAUCAGUGGAAAGAAUUGGAUAAAAAAGCUGCGAAGCUUGUUAAUUCUGCAAUCAGAAUGAUUUUGCCCAAGGUUAUGGAAUCAUCCAGUUCAAUGAACAUAUCAUCAGAAUGUGUGAAACAAGGCAUGCAUUUAAUAUCUGGAUUACGACGCUUAAAAAUUUGGGCUUUUAGUUUUAUCGAUUCAAGUAGCAAGAUGGUUGAUGGAAUUUUAAGAGGAAAUAUUAAUUCCCCAGGAAUUUAUGAGGAAUGUCUAAACAUUAAAGUCCCAUCAAAAAAUUCCGAAAAACCCAUGUUUCAUGGACAGUAUUGCCAAGUAAAUAUUUCUCCUCCGUUGCCACCCAAGUCUCGAAGAUACAAAAAUGAUGAGCCUAUCGAAGAGUUAAAAAAUUUUACAGGAUCUGAAGUCAUGAAUUUGUUAGUCAAAAAAUCUGGACUUUUAUAUAAUUAUCCCCACGAGCUUGGCUUUUGUGUCCCGUCUGGCUGUAAUACAAAUGACCUUAGUCAAAUAGCUGAACUAGCGUCAAAAGAAGUAAAUUUAAUGGUAUCAGUCAAGUCCUGUGAAGUUAAACAAAAACCUCAUUACUCAGUAGGAGCAAUAUUAGGAAUAGUUCUCCUAUGUUACAUGGGUUUGUUAGUUCUUUCAGCAACAGCUUGUGAGUGGGUUUUAGCAAGGAAUGAUAUAAAAAAUAGCAAUAGUUGGAUGAGAAUAUUUCUGUGCUUCUCCUUGACAACUAAUGCCAAACAUUUAUUUAGCACUAAAACUUCAAAUCAAAGUUUAAAAUGCCUUCAUGGUAUAAAGUUUCUUAGCAUCACUUUGGUUGUGAUGGUCCAUAGCUACAUGUAUCCUUAUUUUCUACUCCAUGCUUACCAAAGACUCUUUGAUAUCAAUGAAAAGAUGAAGGAGCCGAUGAAUUAUAUGAUAAUGAAUACUCAUGUUGUAGUGGACACAUUUUACUGCAUUACAGGACUCCUUGUGUGCUACAUAACACUGAAGACUAUAAAGAUGGAUUAUAAAAAACUGAACAUAUUACACUUCAUUUUUUACAGAUUAUGGAGAUUAGCUCCUGUAUAUUAUUUCGUUUUACUGGUGACCCAGCCAGUAUCCCUGAUGGGUUCUGGUCCGUAUUUCAAAGAUGCUAUGAAUUUUAGCGUCAACAACUGCGCUAAUUAUUGGUGGCGGAAUGUCUUAUUUAUUAACAACUUUUUCAGUUAUAAUGAAAUCUGUAUGGUGCACACUUGGUACGUGUCAAUUGAAUUUCAACUUUAUCUCUCGACAUUAUUGGUUCUGAUUCCACUUAUGAGAUCACAAAAAGUUGGAAUAACCAUAAAUAUACUGAUUGUAGUUGUAUCCGUUAUCUAUACUGGAACAAUGACUUAUAUUUAUGAUCUGCCAGCGGGGGCCAGUUUAACCAACAUUGAUAAAGACCUGCUCGAUGAGGCGUACCUGAAAACCUAUGCUAAUCCUUUAAGCCAUGCUGGAGCUUACUUUAUUGGUUUUCUAGUUGGUUACAUUUUAGUAGUGAAGCCGGAUGUCAAAAUACCUCAGAAAUUCCAAAUACUAGGAUGGUUUGUCGCUGUGUUUUUCGCUUGGUUUACCAUGUUCUACAAUUCAAUAAGACUAUAUUACGGUGAACCUAGUGAUUUAGAGCUUGCAAUUUACGGAGGACUUUACAGGAAUACAUGGGUUUUAGCAGUUGCCUGGAUGACUUUCUGUUGUUGCACUGGCCGAGGAGGUUAUAUCAAUGCAUUUUUGUCGUGGUCUCCAUGGGUACCUUUAGCAAAACUUACACUCCUCAUAUACCUUAUUCAACCUACUUUACAAUUACUGUUUACUGGUGUUUUCAAGUCACCGCACGAGUACACACACUAUGAGCUAGUUAUUGUUUAUUUUGGCCUCCUCCUAAUGGCUGGACUUUUAGCUGUUGGCUGCAAUUUACUCAUAGAAUCUCCCUUAUUGGCUAUUGAAAAAAUACUUCAAGAAUCAUUUGCUGGGCAGACUAUAGUGAUUGUUUCAGACACUUAUGAAAGUAACAUGAACGGCUUCUCAAAAACAGAUGCCACAACGGAUCUGAAAGAUUUCAAAGACAUUAAAUACGAAUACAGUAUGGAAAAUAAAGCCUUUGAUGAAGUUUAGAUUACCCUAUACUAGAAUGUACUGAGCUUCUUGCUCUGCUGAUUUUAUAACUUUAACAUGAGUACAAAUAAAAAUUUCUAUGCAUUUUA